AUGGGCAAGACACUCGUUUACCCCAAGCAGGUCUCAAACACAGUCAACCGCCUGAAGGACAGAGCGACGUACGAUCUCGGCGCAAUCCACUCCAUCAUAAACUCCAGCCAUGUACUCCAUGUCUCGUUCAACCCAGCGCCCUCUGACCCCUUUCCCGCCAUUCUGCCCAUGAUAGGACAGAUGGGGUCUUUCGACUAUCCGUCCGCCAGCAUCGACGAGCCUUUGGACUGCUACCUUCACGGUUAUGUCAGUUCGCGCAUCAUGAACCUGGCACGUGCCUCCGAGGGCGAAGGUCUACCCAUCUGUGUGGCCGCCAGCAAAAUGGACGGACUGAUCUUGUCGCUUACUCCACACAACCACAGUUACAACUACCGCUCUGCCAUUCUCCACGGCUAUGCUAAGCUUGUGACGGAUGAGGCUGAGAAGCUGUGGGCGAUGGAACUCAUCACCAAUUCUGUGCUGCCUGAUCGCUGGAGGAAUUCUCGUAUUCCACCCGACAGGGUUGAGAUGUCCUCGACUGUCAUUCUCAAAGUCAGAGUCGUCGACGGAUCCGGUAAGAUUCGUGAUGGUGGUGUUCACGAUGAUCAGAAGGACGCCGACAACGCGGAGGUUACAGAGCGUGUCUGGACCGGCGUCGUCCCCGUAUACGAGACAUUUGGAGAACCCAUACCAAGUCCCACGAACAAGGUGAAAGAAGUACCGGAGUAUGUCGGCUCGUAUGUUGCGAAAAUGAACGAUCAGAACCGCGAGUAUGCGACGUCGGCCGUGGAGGAAGAGCAUUAA